UUGUUAGUUAGCUUUCGUUACAAGAUUAUUCCAGACUCGGGAUAACAGACACCGUCGAUAGAAGAAAGAUAUUUGGGCUGGUUCAAUCUAUUCGUAAAGAUACAGAGACUCGAAAUAUUUUACCUUCUGCUUCAGCCAUGACAAGUGGUUUGCGUCAACCUCAAACUUAUCAAAGCCGAUUACCUCAACCCGACAGUUUCAGCACGACCAAUCGUGGUCGACGCCAAAGUGUCAUUGGGUCUCCCUCUACCCUCAUCAAAUCUCCACCUCUACAACAACAAACCCUCGAACACGCUAGGCCAAUAAGAAACCGCACCAUGUCAGAUGCUCCACGACCUGACCCUUCUUUACUACAUCAUCAACGUCAAGCUCCAUUUAAAGAUAGAAGAACAGAGUUGAGAAGAUCUUUAUAUAUGGAACAACAACCCGCUUUAGAUGAUGAAGAAGAUUCAGAUGAAGAUGAUCUAUCCAAAAACAGAAAGUUUCGAGCUUCAGCUCCUUUGUUGGAUGCUUAUGGUGUACCCUUAAGCCCUGCUAAGCAAAGAACUGCUGCCGCAGCAGCAGCAGCAGCAGCAGCGGCAGGUUCAUCUGCUUCUUCAUCAUCCUCAUCACUGCCCACACCAACCGUCUUUCAUAAUUUGCCUCCCAGCGAUUUAAAUCAAAAGAUCCGUGUCUGUGUUCGAAAGAGACCACUUAGCAGAAAAGAAUUGGAAAAAUCAGAUAAAGAUGUAGCUCCUAUGAAUGGUACUCGAAGUUUACAAAUCAACGAACCAAAGUUACGGUUGGAUUUAAGUAGAUACACAGAACAACAUUCUUUCACUUUUGACGAUGUGUUUGAUUUAAAUUGCGCCAAUUCCAUCGUCUAUAAACGUACAGCACUUCCUCUGGUCAACUACAUUUUCAAAGGAGGAAAAGCGACCUGUUUUGCCUACGGACAGACAGGUUCUGGCAAAACAUUCACUAUGCUGGAUCCCAAACAAGGUCUUUAUAUUAUGGCAGCGCGUGAUAUCUUUGCCAUGUUACGUGAGCCGGAGAAUCAACAUUUAUCUGCAUGGAUUGGACUGUAUGAAAUAUACCAAGGUCAACUCUAUGAUUUACUAAACGAACGGAAGAAAUUAUUUGCUCGAGAAGAUGGAAAGAAUAAUGUGAUUGUCACAGGACUUAAAGAAUAUCCUAUAGAUAAUGUUGAUAAAUUAAUUCAAGUCUUUGAUUACGGUAGCAGUGUUCGUAGCACAGGUUCUACUGGUGCAAACGAUAGUUCUUCUCGUUCACAUGCUGUGCUUCAAAUUUUACUCAAGCACAAAAUAAACCGAAAAAAGAUUCACGGCAAAUUAAGUUUUAUCGAUUUAGCAGGCUCUGAAAGAGGUGCUGACCGUGGCGAAGCAGAUACAAAGACGAGAAUGGAAGGUGCAGAGAUCAACAAGAGUUUAUUAGCAUUAAAAGAAUGCAUUCGUGCUUUGGAUCAGGACAAGCGACAUACACCUUUCCGACAAAGUAAAUUAACUCAGGUGUUGAAAGAUUCUUUUGUUGGUAACUCGCGUACCUGUAUGAUUGCCACCAUUUCUCCCGGUGGAUCUAAUAGUGAACAUACCCUCAAUACCCUAAGAUACGCAGACCGAGUAAAAGAAUUAAAAGGUGAACGAGACAGAAAGUCAAAUAUGGAAAGAAGCACAAGUGGAUCUGGAAAUAGUAUACCAGAUGUCAAUCCACAUACACAACAAUGGAUAGAAAAUAACACAGAAGAGUACGAAGAAGAAGAGGAAGAGGAGGAGGAGGAGGAAGAAGAAGAAGAGGAGGAGGAUCAGUUUACACAUGAUGAAUCCAAUGAUGAUUAUUAUAGUAAUGAAUCUGAUAUUCUGGAUGAUGACACAUUUAACGUGGACGAAGAAAAUAUCUUUGAUGUGGAUUUCCCUCAUGAACAAGAUGCAUUGAUUCAUAACACAUUUAAUACUAGCAAUCUAUCUCCUCCCCAGAAAUCACCGCCUUCUGUACCAGCAAGAUAUAGUCAUCAUAGUAGUGGAAGUCGACCCAAUUCCAUCUCAUAUACUGCUGAACCUUCCAUUAAUACUAAUAAUAACACGAGACCAUUAUCAUUGCAGAUAAAGAGAUCCUCAUCCACUUUACCUCGAUCUUUCUCCAUGUAUUCACCCUCUCGAAAUUCAAUGGAAUCUGAUAAUUCAUCUACAUAUUCCAAUCCACAAAGACCGUCUGCACCACAACAGCAACAGUAUGUAUCACCCGAACCUUACCGAGCUCUUCAUCCUGCACAACCACCACCGCCACCGCCACAAGCGGACCUGAUAUCGCUUAGUGGGGUCCCCUCCUUUGAUUACGGUAGCAUGGACGAGUUUGUGAAAUUUCAUCGAGCGGAAAUUCGGGAGAUUACAGAUUGCACGAAAAAGGAAACGAAAUUGGUAGCGAAUAUCUCAUUGGAUUUAUCAUCGAAUCAAGACUUUGAUGAUCAUCAUAGUGUGGACACAAAGAGUCAGACACAAUUUCAGAAAUACCUGCAAGAUUUGGAUGAAAUUCUUGAACGAAAAUUGGCGGCAGUGGAAGCUUUAAGAGAUCGUAUCAGUGAUACAGUCAAUCAAAUCGAAUUGUAAUUUUAUAUUAAAAACAAAAAGAAACAAAAACAAAAACAAAAAAGACUGUAAUAAAGUAAACCCACCCCCCUCCACAUAUCUCUUUCUAUUUUUUUUUUUCUAAGAAAGAAAAUUGUUUAUUUCAUAAAAUAAUAUGAAGGU